AUGACAUCAAAGUUUAACGUUCUUCUCUUAGGUGCUGGACCUAUCAACUUUGGUACGACCGAAGGCCCGUGGAAUCAUUCAAAGAGACUAGAGCAGCAUUUAGGUCAAAGACUUAACGUAGUCGGCUUGAUAGACAUGAACAAGGAAAGAGCCGAAUCUGUCUUGACUAUUAAGAGAGCCGAUGCCAGUGUCAAGGCUGGCUAUGAGAACACCAAAGUAUUCACAAGUCUGAAAGAAGCCGGUGAAGCACUCAAGGGGGAUGAAGUACCUCACCUAGCAAUCAUUGGCUUCCAACCUACUUCCCGAGGUUCAACCAAACCUGAUCACGACAACGAAUUAGAGCUCAUCCGACUUUUCCCAAAAGUGGGCUUAUUCGUUGAGAAACCUCUUAGUGAUAUAAGUGAUUUUAAGGACGUAGAAGAAGUCGGUAGAAGGUUGAAAGAGAAUGGUAAUGUAACAAGUGUAGGAUACAUGUUAAGAUACCUUAAGGCUGCUCAAGAGAUUAAGAAAAUCAUUGACGAGAACAAGUUGACGGUCAUGCAUACCCAAGCUUCAUACUUGUUCGCAUAUGAUUUUGCAGCAAAAGAUUUCUAUGGAUAUUGGAGUAAAGCUCGUGAACCUGGACCUAUCGUAACUCAAGCGACACACAUCUGUGAUUUGACCCGAUAUCUCACUCCACCUGUACUUCUGGACUCUGUUCACACAAACACAGUCGAACAUACCGAUCCAGCUGGAAACCUUUCCAUCUUGAGAUUUGAUGAAAAGGGAUUAGUCAAGCCUGAAGAUAGAAUUCCGAGGGUUACAAGUUCUACGUGGAGAUAUGAAAAUGGCGCAACAGGUAGUUUACUACAUGCUGUCGUUCUUCAUGAGGGAGACUACGACUGUGAGUUGAUGAUCCUUGCGGACGGGUGGAAGUUUAGAUUGGUCGAUCCAUAUGGUAUUUCGCCAAGAUUGUACAUUAGAAAACCUGGUACAACCGAAGAAGUCCGAACAAUAUUCACUGAUGACGACUGCUAUCUAUCAGAAAUAGAAGCUAUCAUAGAUGUAAUUGAUGGAAAAUCUGACAACUCGGUCAUCUUGUCGCCAUAUGAAGACUCAAUCAAGACCUAUGAAUUCACUUGGGCAAUCAGACUAGCCGGUGAAAGAGCUUUCCAAGCCAGAGGGGGUGUAAACAUUAAGAAAUAG